CAGACCCCUGACUCCAUCUCCAAACAUGGGCUGGCUGGGCAUGGACUCCCCCAACAUCACCGUCGCUGGCGCCAGUGCCGCCAGCUUCAGCGCCCUCUCCAAGCUGCGCUUCAAGCACCUCUUUGCCCUCCCGUCCAAGUUCCUCGCACGCAUGCGCGCUAUGGACGAGCUCAUAGGAUACGACGACUUUAGCCGCUCCUUCUCGGUGGAAACGGGCAUGCACGAUGUAGAUCGUGCUACCUCGUUCAUCUCACGCUCUUCGCCCCCGCCCCCGACCUUUGCGCCGCUCCCGGGACCGUGGGGGUUUAUCACAUCGGGGUAUGCAAUUGUUCUCCUCGCCAUGGCUAUUCUCCUGCACCGAAUACACAACAUCGUCGUGCCCCCUCGUCAGCCCUUUCCCCCUCGUCACGCACGCACACAUCACCAGCGCUUCACCUCUCCGCGCUCCUUCUUCCGCAACCUCUUCCCCGUCGACCUCUCCUCGACUCGGGUCCGCCUCAUCACUCGCCUCCCGACGCUCUACUUCCUCCUCAAAGCCCUACUCGCGUGGACUGUCGUCCUCGCGCAGACCUCGCAGGCGAGCUUCAUUCCGUGGGACAUGCCCGUGCUGCGCACGCUCGACGACUGGAUGAUUCGUAGGGAGAUGGACGCUCUGUGCUGGUCGACGUUUUGUGCCGUGUGCGGAGCGCUGUGCAUCGAGGCGUUCACACGGGGGCUGGAAGGGUCGACGAGCAACGCUUCGCCGUUCAACCUGUUCGGCUACGCCUUCCUCCUGCACAUCUACUCCUCCCCCCUAACGCACGGCACCAAACCCGGCCCCACCUCCUCCUCCCGCCCGGACCCGCACGCCGUCUUCACCAUCCUCCUCCCCCUCCUCCAGCUCUCCAUCGUGCACACCAUCGGCAUACGCCGCCGCUGGUCCAACCAGCGCCUCCUCCCCUCCGCGCUCGUCUCCGCGCUCGGGCUGCUGCACUUCCACGCCGUCCUCUGGCUCUCCGCCUCCUCGUACCCGCUGCUCAACUACAUGCCGCGCCUCUUCGAGUCCCUCCUCGUGUUCGUCACCGCCCUCGCGCUCGGGCUCAACGCGCUCGCGCAGCUCCUCACCGAGGGCCGCGUCGCGCGCCCGCUGUUCGGGCACCGCGAGGCGCUCAUGCCGCGCUGGGAGGAGGACUUUUCGAUCGCGCUGCUGCGGCUUGGGACGGCGAGUCUAGAGGCGAGCGCGGUGGCGGGCUUGGGGAACGAGGUGGGGAGUGUCGCCGCGUUUGAUGCGCUCGAUUCAGCGCACCACCACCACCACGGUGUGGGGUCUGGGGUGAGUGCGUACGACCCAGCGAGGCUGGCGCCGACGACGGGCGCGCUCGAGAUAAGCAGGUACGGCGUUAUCGGCGCUGUGCGGCACGGUAUCGCCAUCCACAACAACUCUUCUUCUUCUUCCUCUGAACCCCGCCAGCACGGUAUGGGGCGCAGAACAAGAAGGCGCGGGCCGCACGCGCGCAAGCUCAAGGGGUUCGCGAACGAGGUCACGCGCGUCAAGGCCGUCGCCCCCGGCAAUGGCAACGGCAACGGCAACGGCAACGGCAACGGCAGCAGCGCCAACGGCACCGGCGACACGGAUAUGUGGAUGGACAGCACGUGGUACCGCGAGGCGGGGCGCUUCGGUGUCGGCGCGGGACGCUUCGCGAAGGGCCUGUGGAGGCUCGCUGCGGACGUUGUGCGGAGGCGGCCGGUGCGCUGGCGUAAGCCCCCGUCGGAGGAGGAGGCGGAGGGUCUUAGUGUGGGAGAGACGGGGCGGAGGCGGGGCGGGGAAGUGGGUUCUCGCGCGAACGAGGGCGAGAAGAGCGAUGGAGAUGGGGAGGGGUGGGACGGGGACGGGUACGAGUACGCGCGCGAGGGAAGCCCGUCGUGCGCGCGCGCGGCGGUGGAGGACGAGUGGUACGCGCGGUUUGUGCGGAACGAGGCGUUCUCGGAUGAAGAUGAGGACGUCGACUUUGAGCCUCCAACAUCUGUGUCUGCGUCUGCGCGGUCGACGCCGAGCGCCGAGGAGGUGCCUUUUCUUCCCCCGCUAAACCACUGGGAGGAGGAGGGGGAAGAAGAGGGGUAUUCGGUCUCGGAGGAAGACUAUGGAGAGGAGGAGGAGGGAGCGGAGUACUACAGCGACACCGAUAACGGGACGGAGACCGUCGCGCUCUACGCCGACCUCUCCUCCGCGUACGCGCACGCACACGCGACGCCCGCGCCACCGCUCCUCCUCGCGCACCUCGCGAACAGCGACACGGCGCCGCUGACGCGCGGGCGCUACGCGGCGAUGAGCUCUGGGCUCGCGCCGCCUUCUUCUUCGGCCGGCGCUGCUACGGACGAGUGGGGCGGCGCGCGGCGGGGUGCAUCCCGCAGCGGCAGCAAUAUGGGUGGCAUUGGAGGUGGCGGAGGCGGCUCGCCGACGGACGAGGCGCGGCGCAACUGUGUGAUAUGUACGGUUGAGCAGCGGCAGAUUAUCUGUUGGCCUUGUCGGUGCCUCGCAUUGUGCGACGACUGCCGCGAGAACCUCGCGACGCGCACGCCGAGCUCGAAGCAUAGCUGUCCGUGCUGCAGACAGAGCGUGGACGGCUACUCGCGCAUCUACAUCCCCUAGCCCUAUCCCUAAUCUGGUCUUCUAGUCUGGCACCAGAAUCUCCCCGAAUCCAUCUAUCCUUUUCCAGCCCCCACCCCCACCCCCACCACCUUCGGGCUUCCGCCCGCUGCUCGACCGGUGAGACCGUUGCGACCUCGGCGGCUAAACCCUCGUUUUUUGUUCUUCUCGGGCCAUCGUUCCUUCUUUGCCUCUAGCGUCUGGUGGCGUCGAUCGAUGCUGCUGCUGAUGGCAACCGGGCGUGCAUCUAGCCUCGCGCCGCAUACCGCAUGCCUCGUGUCUCAUGU